AUGGCUUCUUCGUCUUUCAGAGAUUCCAUGAAUUCCCUAGGGUGGUCACGUCGCGAUCCGGACCUCCCCGUCAACACUGCUCAGCAGACCGGCGGCCUUCUAUCUUCAAUAAAAUCGCUGAAUCCAUUUGGAGAUAGUGGCUAUGUUCGACUACCUACCACAGAGGGUGCGGGAGCGCCUCUUCCUGGCCGAAAUCGACGUGAAGAAGAGGAAGGAUGGUUUGCCUGUAAGUUAACCUACCGAACCUUUUCGAUUUCCCCACACGUUGCACCGUCCCUGCGUCCGCCGCCAUCUGGUGCGACGUGUAUUGGUGGUGUUUAG